CUGGGGAGAUUCCGGUACUAUCAUGGCCAUAAAAUAUUCACAUAAUUUAACCAUUAAAGAAAUCGUUAAUGAGAUAAAAAUGCAACGCGAAGUUGAUUAUCAUGCUAAUAUUAUCCAGUUUUAUGGAAUAUCCCGAUUAGAAACGAGUUCCAUUGAUCAAAAUAGCAA